GCGGAGCGACGCUGGCCUUCUUCCCGUAACCUGCGCGCCCGGCGGCGGCGCCUGGACCCGUUCAGCCUCUGCUACUAGCGCGCGGUCCUUCAGUCAUGGCGGCGCCCACAGCUUCCCUCGGACCCUCGACACUCGGCCAAACGAGCCCGGGCUCGAUGGCGCCCUGGUGUUUGGUGAGCAGCGGCCCUUCGCGCUACGUGCUAGGCAUGCAGGAGCUGUUCCGAGGUCACAGCAAGACGCGUGAGUUCCCGGCGCACAGUGCCAAGGUGCACUCGGUGGCCUGGAGCUGCGACGGGCGGCGCUUGGCCUCGGGGUCCUUCGACAAGACUGCUAGCGUGUUCUUGCUGGAGAAGGACCGGCUGGUCAAAGAAAACAACUAUCGCGGACAUGGAGAUAGUGUGGAUCAGCUUUGUUGGCAUCCAAGCAAUCCUGACCUCUUUGUCACUGCAUCUGGAGAUAAAACCAUCCGUAUCUGGGAUGUGAGGACUACAAAAUGCAUUGCCACUGUGAACACUAAAGGGGAGAACAUUAAUAUCUGUUGGAGUCCUGAUGGGCAGACCAUUGCUGUGGGCAACAAGGACGAUGUUGUGACCUUUAUUGAUGCCAAGACACACCGUUCCAAGGCAGAGGAGCAGUUCAAGUUUGAGGUCAACGAAAUCUCCUGGAACAAUGAUAAUAACAUGUUCUUCCUGACCAAUGGCAAUGGCUGUAUCAACAUUCUCAGCUAUCCUGAACUGAAGCCUGUGCAGUCCAUCAACGCCCAUCCUUCUAACUGCAUCUGUAUCAAGUUUGACCCCAUGGGGAAGUACUUUGCCACAGGCAGUGCAGAUGCUUUGGUCAGCCUCUGGGAUGUGGAUGAGUUAGUGUGUGUGCGCUGCUUUUCCAGACUGGAUUGGCCUGUGAGGACCCUCAGUUUCAGCCAUGAUGGAAAAAUGCUUGCAUCGGCAUCAGAGGAUCAUUUUAUUGACAUAGCUGAAGUAGAGACAGGAGACAAGCUAUGGGAAGUGCAGUGUGAGUCCCCGACCUUCACCGUGGCUUGGCACCCCAAAAGGCCUUUGCUGGCAUUUGCCUGUGAUGACAAAGAUGGAAAAUAUGACAGCAGUCGGGAAGCUGGAACUGUGAAGCUGUUUGGAUUGCCCAAUGACUCCUGAGAGGGGGUCUUGACAUGAGGAGGAGGCCUGGCAGAGCCCUUGCUUUGGACAGUUUGGUCUAGUCUCUUGGACUUUGUGGGCACCCUAAAUUUUAUAAAAUUGUAUAAAUUUCAAAAGUCUUUGGUCAGGCUGCCCACCCCUUAUCCCCCAUUGUGGUGCUGGGGAUUGAACCCACCUUGUACAUGGUAAGCAAGUGCUCUACCUCUGAGCUACAUCCCCAGCCUCCUUCAUGGUUUUUGUUUUUGGUGUGUGUAUGUCUGUGUCCCGUCAUCCAGUGACCAGUUCGGUUUACUAAUGAGGACUCUGCAAGUAUGGGUCAUGACUACGGCAUAGCACGUCCUCUGGGAGCCACUUGUUUUCUGGAUUUUAGAUAUGUGGUACAAUUUAUUGCAAACGAUGAUGCUUGCCCAAUACCUUGGGAGGGUAGAUAGGGAUGGAGGGCUUUUUUUUUUUAAGUCAUGAAGAACAUUUAUAUAUAUAGAAUUUUGAGAACUGAACAUAUAAUAAAACUGGCUUUUUUAUUAUGAGA